AUGAGCAGCGCCGACUGGGAGCGGACGGUCAGUGAGCUGAAGAGGAGGGGAAAUAUCAAGAAGAAGUUGAGGGUCGUCGAAGGAUACAAGCAGACGGUGCCAACAGAGGCCAAAGAUCCGAGGGAGUUUCUCCAGGAACCGCAGCAAAGAAUUGAUGGCACUGAGGGUACCAUACUGGCUGAGAUGGGAGGUCCUGCUGCGAUUAGCAGUUGCAUGGCUCCUUAA